AUAUGACAUAGUUUUUGUUAAUCCGCUGGACAAAAUUGUAAAACAAUCUUCCUCGAACUGUCUCUUUCUGGCGAUUUUUUCUCGCUCCUUUCGAUUAACCCAUUCAUUCAUCACAAUUCCGUGGGUUUACACGUCACUACUUGCUAUGUCAAGCCCACAUACUACACGUCCGUGUGAAUAUUAUGAUCUACGAGUAGUGGGAUCAUUCAAGAUCGGUCGAUCUCCCCUCUGUAACAUAAUAUUGAAGAAUGGCCAUGUCAGCAAAGUACACUGUAGUUUGAACAUCUCCAGCAAGGAAGAUCACUGCUCAAGCACUGGAACUAAAAAGCAAGUGCUGAUAUCGGACCACAGCUCAAAUGGAACAUGGAUAACUUCUAGUAGUGGAGAAACAAUUAAACUUGAACAGGGAAAGCCCACUUUACUGAAGGAAGGCGAUGUCAUUCUUCUAACACGUUCAACGGAAGCAAAUCUCGAAGUCAUUUCCUAUAAGUAUUGUUCAUCUCCAUUUCCAAGAAUUGCAAAGAACAAACAAGAAGAAGCUUUGCAUCAAGACAGUGCAGGGAUGCUUCAAUGUCAAGCAGAGAAUAUUACAAAGAGCAACAAGGCAAACACUAGAAUACAUUUGAAAAGACAGCAUGAACCUUAUGGUCAAGGAAGAAGCCCGAGAAAAGUUAGAUUUAAGGUGCAAAUCGAGGAGAGCAUUGAUAAUCAUAACCCUUUGAUUGGAGGCAGCAUCAAAGAAGAAGAACAGUCCACAGGGGGCCUUGAUGACUGUGCUGGUUCUGUUACCGACAAAGGAAGCGUUGCUGUAAAGGAGUUGAACGAUACCACCCUUUAUAUUGAUAAAACAACCUCUCGCGGUAAUGACGAUCAAGGCAUAACUCACACUACCACCCUAUCUUCACACGUCCCAUCUCCCCCUUCAUCUCCCGAACGUCUCUCAGGGUUGUCCAAAGUUUGCAGUAGUGACAAGAAACAUGAUUCUCUGCUGGAAGGAGAAACAACAAAAUGUGAAGCAUUAGGACAAACAGGUGACUGCAAUGCAGUUGAGGAUGAUAGUGCCCACUAUGAUAAGUGUGUUCAUUGUGAGAAGUGGAUUCCACAUGUGACGCUGUCUUUGCAUGAAGCAGUUUGUGAAGGUCAAAGCCAAGAGGCUAGAAGUCAAGAUCAUGUCUCAUUAUCAUCGCUUCCACUUGGAGAUUGUUCGUUCAGCGGGGAAACUUUGUCAAAGAUUCAGAGAUUGGAAAAAUGUUUACUGGAUGAAGUUGAAGAUGAUAUCAGCGUUUCAGAUGAGGCAAGGGAGCCAGAGUUGACUGGACAAAUAAACAAAGGCGAGAGCGAUCCAAAAAGUAUGCAGGAUGAAACAUGUGAGAAAAAAAAUAUCGAAGCCGUCACGACUUUACCAAGUGCUUCUUGUGAUCUUCCAGAUGAGAGCACUGAGUCAGUUAUUAUAAGCACAUCCACUGUUAUAAGCAGUGAAUCUCGAGACAAAAUACAGGAGAAAAUAGUGACAAAGAUUUCAAAUUCAUCACCGGAACAACGUCAGUUACUGCUAGGUUCUCACAAUGAAGGUGACGGAUUUACUUCCCCUCAUCAGUGUGAACCCACCAUCUCCAGAGAAGAGUCUAAAGAAAGAUGUACGUUUUGUUCAAAAGUACUUCCAGUGUCAGAACUCAUUGCUCACGCUUCUGAAUGUUCCAAGAUGAGUGCAGUUCCUCGUACAGACUGCGGUGACGCAGAGAACAUGCGUGAGGCAUGUCCUUACUGUGGCGGAUAUUUCGAGGUACUGGAACUUGUGGAACAUGUUACUCGCUGCAGUGAAGUUUCUAGGUUAAAAGCUGAAGAAGUCUCGUUGAACGAUAGUUCUCCAUCCUCCUCGGUAACAGGAGCCGCUGACUGUGUGGAAGAUCCUUCAGUGGGUGAUAGAGAGCUGUGUCCCAAAUGCCGUCGAGAGUUUUCCGUGUUGGAGUUAUUAAAUCACGCUGAUGAAUGUAAAGAAGAACCACUCAGUACAAGCUCAGAUGUAGAGUCCUCUCUGGAAGAUGCUAGGGACCUUGUAGGCUCCAUGGCUAGUGAUGGUGACAAAGGCGUUCAAGACGUUGUUGACAAUGAUAGUAAAGAUGAUAUUGGUCAUGAAGUUUGUGAGUUGGAGAGUUGUGAUAGCCUUGAUCAUGACAAAAGCAAACGUGAUAGCCAUAUUUCGUCGAGUGAUGCCACGUGUGGCGAUAAAGAUGAUCGAAUCACUGAAGCAGAUCAUGAUGUUGAUGGUGGCAGUGCUUACGAUGAUGUUAACAAAGACGAAGGUCGCGAGGAUAAAGAAGGUGAAGCUGAUGAUGAUAAUGAAGAAAACGAUGUUGAUAGUGAUAAAUCCAGUAGAGGAAAUACGGACGAUGGUGACGUCUCUCGUGGUGACAGUUGCUAUGACGACGAUUCACAUUCUGACAGAAGUAGUAUCUCCAAUACGAAAGACGAAGAUUCUAAAUCUGACGAAGGAGAUGACAAAAGUGACGAAUAUAGUGCACGUACAAACAAGUACCUUGAGAAUAAAGGUACAUGUGGCGUCGACGAUUCCGUUGACGCUGUGCCAUAUUCUGAGGCUAGCGUCCCUAGCGACGAAUUUGAGCUAUGCCCAAAUUGUUUUCAACUCUUUCAUCUGUCCCGUUUGGUCGUACAUGCAUCGAACUGCGUUAGUGAUGUUUCAGCCGUGAGUAAAGCUGUAGAAACGGCGACUGCGACAGAUUUCAAAAAGAGCUCUCUAUUUAAUCCGUCAACAGAAAGCACGAUUGCUGUCUUUAGCGACUGCCACUUUUGUGGAGUGAAAUUUCCUGUUGAUGUCAUGAGUAAACAUUAUCCUAGAUGCAAAAGUCUACACUCCCAAAGAAUGAUAAGCGAAGUAUUACUUAGAACAGAAAAAAGUGAUCCUGUUGAAGGUUUCCCCGAGCAUGUCAUUCGUACAGACAACCUGAGUACUAGAACAACAGUUAAAGAUGAGAAGACCGCGAAGUGCUUAGCAACCUCGACAAAAACAGGUGAUGAAUCCUCGAAAUCGUCAAAUAGUAAAGCGGCCAAGUUACAAGUAGCCGAUGAUGGUGAUGACAGAGAACUGGGGGAAUCUAAAAUUAGCCUGAAAAAAACAACAUCCUCACUGGACUCAUAUCAUGACUGCGAAGAACAGUGCAUGUACUGCUUGAAGAUGUUUGCUGUGAGUGUGCUUGUGGAACACGUUUGCAGCUGUGNACACAAUUGA